UGUGAGCUAAGUGAAAUCGAUGUGGAAAGCAUAAAUAACUAUUGGAAAAAUAGACUAUCCUAUUUUGAAAAAGAAAUUGUUCUGCGCAUAGGGCUCUUUGCAGACUUCAGAGCUUCCAACUCUGAGGCUCUGGCACUGAACUCGGACAAUCUCUUCGAGAAAAGCACCGAGAUGGAAAGGAGAAUAAAUGCCAUGAUGGAAGAGCUUGAGACCCUUAGGGGAGAGUCUAGCCAAAUUAUAGAGCUUUCUAGCUCAAUACUUGGGUUAUACAAAUAUAUUGACAAUGAGGGCUCUGCUCUUGACAAGGCCCUAACACUUGAGGCUAGAAUCAAAGACGGCUCAAAGAGACUGACUGAGAUAAUCAUACCCUCUCUUGACAUCAGCACUUCGCUAACAAAGAAAAUAAACAGCUACGACUUUCACAUGGUAGAGGAAAUAGAAGAGCGCAGCGGAGUAGAGAAGAGCAGUCUCGACAGGCUAGCUCUCUUCAAGCUGGCAAAAAGCAAUAAAAUCCUGGCUGCUAAUAUAAUAUAUGCUCUAUCAAGCAUAAGCCUAUCUCAGCUAAUGGACGAUGCCGUAGAGGAAGGGCUAAUCACUCUAAUACAUAAAAAAAUUGCAUCAGGUUUUGUUCCAAAGAGCAAUGUGGAGCUUUUCGUGAGAGCUGUAAAGAAAGACGUGAAAAAUCAUAAAAUUAAUUUAUACAUUUCAGCAGAUGCAAAUUUCGGUCUGCUAUUCAACAUACAUCCAAUGGAGGCAUCUGAUGUGCCCCUAGUAGACAGUGAAAUAAUGAAUGUUUACAUUAGCCUGCUCAAAGAGAACCUUUCUGAAGAAGAAGUAAUCCAGUAUACAGGCAUUACAUCUCUACACGUUGUAAAGCUGAUAGUGAUCGAAUAUAUAAUGAGCGCGCGCCUUAUGGACUACAAGAGCAACACUGUACUCCGCAAUCUAGGAAAGGCUAUAGAAAAUGAAUUUGACCCAGUAGAAUACAAAAUUAGUAGUGAAGAGUUGUUUGGUAUAGCUGAAAACAUAAAACAAGAUGAAAUACUUAAUGUUUUAACCUAUGUAUGGGGUGGUUAUACGGGUAAAACUUGUUUAAGAAAUAUGAUUAGAGAAGUCUAUAAAGACAUUGGCAUUGGGAUUAAUGAAUUUAUAGCAAUUCAGUGUAGCUUUGAGUUUGCUAACUGGAUGUAUGACGCUGCUAUGGCACCACUGGCCAACUCAGAUGCCCAGUAUUCAGACAGUUUGGCUGUUCCAUUUGACAUGUCGUACACUCAUCCUCUAUGGUACAUAUGCAUGCGCUACAAGCAUCUUGACGAUUUGGACAAUAAAUCUGGCGAUAACUAUAGGCUGUUUACUCAAAUAAACCCUAACACAGUUGAAAUCAGACCGCACGCAAUAAAAGUGACUGACAAUGAACUGGUAUGGGCAAGGUAUAUUGCAGAGUGCAUUAAAGCAUGCUUCUCGCCAAAUGUAGACAUCAUUCUCAGAAAAGAAGAUAACAAUAAAUAUAUGCCUAUAGCUUAUAAUUUUGUUGAUAAUUUGAGAAUUUCUUAUGAUAAGAACAUAAGAAUGAGAACAAAGCAGGAUGAUCUGCCUGAGCCUAGCUAA